AUGUAUAAUGUGCAUGGAAGAUGGGAGUGGAUAAAUGGAAAUGUUUAUGUGUAUGAAUUGCCCUUAGGGCCUCAUGAGUUUUGUACUGAUGCAAUCGAAGGUCGAGUUCGUUUAGCAGAUCCACAAGAAGAGCUCAUUUAUUCAAGAUCUACACAUAAUAAUAAAGGAAAAGAAGCAGACGGAUCUUUUUUAUCAUUUGACAAACCUGAAGUAAAUUCAAAUGGACGUGAAGGUCCUAAUUCUGUUUUACCGUGGCCCAAUCUCAUAAUCGAAGUCGCUUUUUCAGAAUCUGAAGCACAUUUAUUAAACGCAGUAAAAGAUUAUUGGCUUCAGCCAGGUAGAGCUCAUGAUGCAAUUGCCGUAAAAUUAAUACGAUCUGAUACAAUUAUUUCAAAAAUGAAAAGUGAGGAAUUAAUACCUGUUUCGGAAUUUGGAUUCAAUACCAUUGAUGACAAAGGCCAAUUUCUUAUUCAGCCUCAACAACAUACUAUUGAUCUUAAAGUAAAAUGCUUAUUUCAUGGGAUGCCACCAACUUUUCAAAUACCUACAUCAAUAUCCGAUCCUAUUACCAUAGAUUUUUAUUAUGUCUUACGUGCUAUGAAAAAUGUACUUAAGGUUUCAUAA